UACUGCACAGGAUCACGUCAUGUCAGUCAGCGCCAUCUUGUGGUUAAAGUUUCUGAAAUAAUCACCCACGCUGGAUUUUGCUCCUAGAUUUUGUAAAUUUCCGCAACUUCUAGUGAAGAUGGUUCGCGAUUAUAAGAGAACGUUAGAUCGACAACAAUGGUCAGAACAGUCAAUGAAAGAAGCUGUUUUGUCAGUAGUGAAUGGUGAAAUGGGAUGUAAGAAAGCCGCCAAUAAAUUUGCUGUACCUCAGACAACCUUAGAGAGAUAUGUGAAGAAGGAAAGGGAGAAUCCGGGCUGUGGUAUCUCCAAAGAAAUGGGGCGAUUUAAGUGCGUUUUCGACAAAAAUCAGGAAAAAGAACUGGUGGAAUAUUUAGUGAAAAUGGAGCAGCAACUGUUUGGAUUAACUGCUAAAGAAUUACGAUCCUUAGCAUUUCAGCUCGCUUUGCGAAAUGAUCGAGACAAUCCUUUUAAUAAAGAAGAGGAAAUGGCAGGCGAAGACUGGUUGAAAGGUUUUAUGACUCGGCAUCCAGAAAUUUCACUCAGGAAGCCAGAAUCAACAUCGGCUGCCCGUGCCAUGGGCUUUAACAAAGUGGCUGUCUCAAAUUUCUUUUCUCUCUUAACAGACGUUGUGCAGAAAUACCAAUUUUCGCCAGGCAAAAUGUACAAUGUUGAUGAAGUAGGAAUCACUGUAAAUCCAAAAGGCCAUUCUCGCAUUGUCGCUUUAAAAGGAAGGCGCCAGGUUGGUACGAUCACAUUAGCUGAGAGAUGUGAAACAAUCACUGCAGAAAUAUGCUUUUCUGCUGUUGGCGUCUACAUGCCUCCUAUGUUGAUUUUCCCGAGAAAGCGCAUGCGACAAGAGUUUCUCGUCGGACUACCCCCUGGAUCCUGGGUCGAAGUGCACGAAACGGGGUGGAUUCAGAAGGAAUCAUUUUUGUCUUGGUUCAGAAAUUUUGUUGCCUUCUCAGGUGCAUCGAAAGAGUCACCAGUGCUCCUACUGUUGGAUGGCCAUGCGUCACACACAAAGAGCAUUGAUUUGAUUGAUCUAGCGAGAGAGAAGGGUGUUGUUUUGCUUUGCUUUCCUCCGCACUGCACCCAUAAACUACAGCCGUUAGACGUGGCUUUCACGAAACCGUUGAGUAAAUAUUAUGAAGAUGAAGUGAGGAAGUGGCUACGAAGUCAUCCAGGGCGCGUUGUCCCACUUUUCCAGAUAGCCUCUUUAUUUGGAGCAGCAUAUUUGCAAGCAGCAACGAUGUUGACUGCAAUUAAUGGCUUCCGUAGAACAGGUAUAUGGCCAGUGGAUGUGAACGUCUUCACAGAAACAGAUUUUCUUCCAGUAACCACAACUGAUAUUCAGCUUGGUGCUUCUAGCUCCCAGUUUCCUAUCAAUGAUGGGUCUCAGCCCGAAUGUUUGUCUGUACGAGAUAAUUCUGUGGCGUCCGAAAGGUCACUUGAAGCACUUAGAACACUUAAUGAGGCAGCUGAACCGACAACAACAGUUAUGGCACCACAUGCAGCAACUGGGACAUCAAUUACAACAGCUGAUUUAUCAACUGCAACAUCAAAUAUGGCGGCUGGAACACAAACUCCAACAGCUGCAACCACUUGCUUCCAAAAACUGUCUCCUGAAUGUAUUUUGCCAGUACCAAAAGUAGCGCAAGGUAAUAAACGAAGCUCACGAAAGAUAGGAACAACUGCAACCUUAACAUUAUCACCAUACAAGGCAAAAUCAAAGGAAUCUCAACGAAAAGUUGCAAACAAAUCAAUAGAAAAAAACAGAUUUUAGAAAAACCCUCUAAACCAAAAAAAACAAAACAAGACCAGCAGGCCUAAACGACCGCCAUGACUCUCAUCUUCAAGUAAAAGUCGAGAAGAGAAUCAAGAUGACUAGUGCCUGUAAUGUGGCGACGUCCAUUCGCAGUCUAUUGAAGGGUGGAUCCGGUAUUCGUCUUGCUUGAGAUGGACCAUAACUCAUGUCAAGGUGUUGAUAGUCACGAUGAUGAAGAUGUGCACAUGUGUGCCGUCUGUGUUACGCCUAAGUAGAUUUAAAAUGUGUAAAGUUUCGACAUUUUUGUAGCCUAUUUUGAGAACUUACAUUGCAUACUUUAUAAUUUUUUCAUCAUAUGUAAUAAUUAUUCCAUAAUCUGUUUUCUUACAACUUUUUCAAACAUGUAUCAAUCACACCCAGUCUUGCCCCAGGCACGGAGCAAAAUGGGGCAAGUGACAUUUAAAAAAAAUUAAAAAACUGUAACUCUUACAACUUAACUAAUAACUCGUUAUAAAUUUAGAAUGUACAAUAAA